UCCGCUUAUAGCCCUAACUGUUGAGACCACCAUCGAGACAGAGGUCAUAAGGAAACCACACAACGAGAAGAUCGAAGAGCAAUGGCGGUGAUGGAGAAGCUCAAGAUGUUCAUCGUCCAAGAGCCUAUAGUUGCUGCCUCCUGCCUCAUCGGUGGCUUCGGUCUGUUUCUUCCUGCAUUUGUGAGGCCUAUGCUGGAUUCCUUUGAAUCAUCCAAACAAGUUCCUCAACCUGCUUUAAGCGAUGUGGUUGCAGGUAUGACUGGUAAAAAGUAAAUUGAUGUUUGUUUCACUUAAAUAAGAUUUAUGUUUAAAUGAUUUAAAUGUAAACUAAAACUUGUGUACACUCUCCCAACUUUGCUUUACUUAAAUGAUAAUAUGUUUGAGCUUCAUACCAA